GUUUGGUCGCGAGUAAACGAUGGAUGUGUCCGGGAUGUCGGCGUGUGAGCUGAUUUUAAACAUCGCCCACCACUGCGCCUUACGCGGAAUUUACGGAGCUGUUUUAGCUUUUUAACAUUGCCACAACAUUUAGAUGUUUUCAUUGCGUUAGUGUCAUAUUGUCUUGCUAACCGAAGCUUUAGCUAAAGCUCAACUCGUCAAGGCGAGUAGACUACUGCCGCGACCGGAAACACGCUGGGUGGACUUUCAGCGUAAAAUACACCAAAACACUCCCGGAGCUAUGACCUUUGUUUUGAAAUUCUGAAAGAGUUGACCGAGCGCCCUCAUUUUUUUCUUCUUUACGCCUCACUCUGUCGAACUAUUUUGCUACGCUGUGUUUGUACUUUAUUCGUACAUUGUACGUAUGUUUGUGUGUGUGUGUGUGUGUUAAGUGGCUUCUAAGGCACCCGGGGAACUUAUUACCAUUCACUUGACGGGUAUCCGUGUGUGUGUGUAUGUGUGUGUGUGGGAGGGGGGGAGAGACAUGUCAGACGCGUGUUUACGAGUUACGUAGCACUCUUUCAGAAAUAGUCGUCGAAAGGCCCGUGCGGGUUGUUUCCAUCACUGCCACCCCUCAUUUUUUUUUGUGCCGAACAAAGUCCCGAGGCAGGAAAUGUCCCUCGCGGACGAUGAGAGGCAUUUCGACUCGCUAAACUCGGACCUGUUCGGCGGGUCGGUGUUCAGCGAGAGAUCGACGGCGUCGAGCGCGUACAAUGGCGACGAGGAGAAGCUGCACUACAUUCCUAUCCGGAUCCUCGGGAGGGGGGCGUUUGGUGAAGCGACUCUGUACCGCAGAACGGAGGACAACUCCCUGGUGGUGUGGAAGGAGGUGGAGCUGAAAUCCCUCUCGGAAAAGGAGAGCAGAGAUGUCAUGAAUGAAAUAAGCAUCCUCUCCAUCCUGCAGCACAACAACAUCAUCGCCUACUUGAACCACUUUGUGGAUAAAAACACCUUGCUCAUUGAAUUGGAGUAUUGCAAUGGAGGAAACCUGUAUGAUAAAAUCAACCGCCAGAAGGGGAAACUUUUCAGUGAAGAGGUGGUCAUCUGGUACCUGUACCAGAUCGCCUCCGCUGUGGCCUACAUUCACAAGGCUGGGAUCCUUCACAGAGAUAUCAAAACUCAGAACAUCUUUUUGACCAAGACCGACCUCAUCAAGCUCGGUGACUAUGGGCUCGCAAAGAAGCUUAACUCUGAGUUUUCAAUGGCAGAGACUUGUGUUGGAACUCCAUAUUACAUGUCACCUGAAUUGUGCCAAGGAACAAAGUACAACUUCAAAUCGGACAUCUGGGCCAUGGGUUGUGUCGUCUUUGAAGUCCUUGCUCUUACACGGACAUUCGAUGCAACGAACCCUCUGAACCUCUGUGUGAAAAUAGUCCAGGGGAACUGGACCAUGGAAGUGAACUCGGAUGUGUAUUCAUCCGAAUUGAUCAAACAGGUGUACGAGUGCCUCGACCCAGAUCCCGCCAAGAGGCCCACGGCGAACCAGAUCCUGGACCAGCCACUCGUCUCCUGCUGUAGACAGGAGCUUGAAGAACGAGUUGCCCUCCUGAGUUUGGCUAUGAAAAAACCCAAGCUGAGUACAGUGACUGACACCUCGGUUGCCGUGGUGACUACGCGCUCAAGGGAGGUGUACUACUGGGGCGGAGGGAGGUUCACGCCCCAGAAAAUGGACAUAUUCAAAGGAGGUAGCAGUGCGCAGCACGUGUGCGCGGGAGAGAGUCACUUUGCAGUAGUGACCGUGGAAAAGGAGCUGUACACCUGGGCAAACGUCCAAGGCGGAGCCAAGAUGGUGGGCCAGCUGGGGCAGGGAGAUCAGGCCUCGUACCGGCAGCCGAAGAAGGUGGACAAGCUCCAGGGGAAGGCCUUCCGGCAGGUGGCCUGCGGGGCCGACUUCACCGCGUGCGUCACCGACGAGGACCAGAUGUACAUGUUCGGGUCGGACUAUUACGGCUGCAUCGGCGUGGAGGGAGAGUUCGGCAAUGAGGUUCUGAAACCGGUGCUCUUGGAGUUUUUCGAGGAGCGGCCUGUCCGGCAGGUCUCCUGCGGAGACCACCACGUGGCCGUCCUGACUCAGAGCGGGGACAUCUACUCCUGGGGCUGCGGAGAGUAUGGGCGUCUCGGCCUGGAGUGUGAGGAUGACUUUUCUUCUCCGAUGCAAGUGGAGAUCCCUAAAGGCGCCAUCAUCUCCUCGGUGUCGUGUGCCAGCGACGGGACCUUCUUUUUAACCGAGACUGGCAAAGUCUUAGCAUGUGGAAACAAUGAAUUCAACAAACUUGGUCUGAACCAGGGAUUCUCUGGUCUAAAAAAACACACUGGAGAGCAGGGCUAUUAUGGGAUCCCGUACAUCACUACACUGACUUUGGUAAAGCAGCUGGCCAGGUUUAAGAUUCAGGUCAUAGCCCCGGGGAAGGCCCACACAGCCGCCAUUGAUGAUCAUGGCCGUCUGAUCACCUUCGGUUGCAACAAGUACGGACAGCUGGGUGUGAAGGACUUUAAGAAACACCAGGGUGUCCAACUCCUUGUUGGACCCUUUGGAGGGAAGAAAGUGACCAAAGUGUCUUGUGGGGAUGGCUUCACCAUUGCCGCCACUCUGGACAAUCACAUAUUUGCAUGGGGAAACGCAGGAAACGGUCGACUUGGGAUGCCGGCUGAUAAGGAAUUUGGUACAGAGGUGUGCCCUGCCAUGCCGAAGCCUAUUUUCGGUUCCCUGCACCAUGUGCCAGACCUCUCCUGCCGUGGCUGGCACACCAUUAUCAUAAUGGAGAAGGUGCUCAACUCCAAGACCAUUCGCUCUAACAGCAGCGGACUAUCAGUCGGUAGUGGACUGGGCCAAGAGGCAUCUACAUCUACAGUGGAUCUGGACAUAGAACCUGGUUCGGAGACGGACGGUCGUGACCGGGGUCUCGGCGGUACACUGGAGGAUAACACGGAGCGGUGCCUCAUGGAGACUCCGGCGAUGUCGCUGACGAGUCAGACCGGGGACAGCUCCUGCCCUCUGUGGCUUAGAAAUGAGCUUGAGAAUGCCGAGGUCAUCCCGAUGCCAGAAGACUCCGAGGGAUCCGUUCCGGACCGGCUCUCUUCGAUCUCCGAGAGCGUCACUCUGCCUUAUGAGGAGUUGAAAGGGCUGAAGGCCGCUGCAGAAGCAGCCUGCACUCAGAAGGACCUGUCGACUAAACGCAUGAGCUGUGAUAAAGUCAAGGGACUGGAGGAGGCCGACGUCUGCAAAAAAGGGGAAACUGGCGCAUGCUGCAAUGCAAGUUACGAGGUCACACAGUUGCGAGAAAUGCUCGCUAAUCAAGACAUGAGAAUCCUGAGGCUCGAAAGUCAGGUCAACGAGCAGCAGAAGGAGAACGAAAGGCUCUGGGCGGCCAUCGGUCGCUCGGCGCCAAGGGAAGCGGGACGCGACGGCGACGGAAACCAUACCUCCGAUGCCCGAAUGCCCGGGGACGGAGGAGAGCGAGGAGGCGCGUUCGCGAUUCACGGGGGCCGAUCCUCGGGGGCCAGCGUGUGACUUUUACCUGCGGGCGUCCUGACUACGGGAGCGACAUGUGAAGCUAAACCAGCCGGGGUUAGGUGGGGGGGGGGGGGGAUCGGAGGCUUGGUCGGGACAUGCAGUCCGCCCUGCGGUCUCGUGCUCGUUUACAGAGGUCAUGCAUGCAGCACACGCGUUUCACGGGAUGCUAGGUUGCGUUAUUACUAUCCGUUACCUGUGUAUUACCGUGGGUAACACCUUGGACCCUCAUCUGCACACCUGUGUUCAGCCGUGUGCAGCCAUCUGGCUAGUUUCUCCACAUGCUGACAUGUUGGCUGGAUUCAACGCGAGGCACCGGACCCUCAGACAGACCAUCACCAUAGUGAGUAUAGCUAUUGUUGACUUAAAGCAAUGUCAGCUUUAAGGCUUUGGUCCUUUGUGCCUCAUAUAUUAUUAAAGGCCGUUUAAUGCAAAUAGAAAAUCCAAAGAUCACGUUUAUUUAUUUUUUUUGUAAAUGGUCCAGAUUUUGGCUCCCAGGAUGUUGUGCAGAUUUAUUCUGACUUUUACUUUGCUUUAAUUUUUAAUUAUUUUGAUUUAAUUUAAUAUCCAUAAAAAGUUAAAAGUGCCAAAUACAGUUUCUAACAGUUUACCCACAUUCAUGAGAAAUGUUUUAAACAUAUUUUACUUAUCUCAUGCAGAUAUAUAUAUCUUUUUUACAUUUGCAUGUUAUAAAGUAUUUGUGUGAAACACAAAACUUUCAUUUUUUUUUAUUUGCUGCUGCAUACUUUUUCUUAUUAGCAUCAACUCUUGAAUUCUUGACAGGGAAGCACAGAUGUAGGUCUCUGUGACACGUAUGAACCGUUUUUUUCAUGUGGAGGCAUCUAACAUACAGCUUACCAUGUGGCUAUAAUGUUUUCUUAUUUUAACCAUUUUACCUGUUGGUAUUUCUGAAAUGUUGUUUUUAUGUAUUUAAAAAAGCUAGUUGCACGUUUUGAGAAUGUUUGUGCGUGUCACAUCAAAUGUGUGUUUGUUUGUGCGUUUGUUUGUGAAACACUUCAACACUUCUGUCAUAGUUUGCUUACAAGCCGUCAGCGGUCCACCACGAGAACACUGGCAGGAUUUUAGAUUCUGCAAAAUGCAACGUUAAUACAAUUAAGAGUGCCUUAGCAAGCUAAUGAAACCAAAAAAUUGAGCAAAUAUGUAAAUGUGUGCCUUUAUGAGUGUAAAAUAAUGUCUGUUUGUCAACAAUUAACCAAACGUAGUGGAGACAUAACAGUUGUAUAAACACUUCUCUUACUGCAAACUGCUCCUUUGUGUAAAAGUCCAAAAUAAAGCAUAGCGGUUAAUUUUU